AUGAAGGAGGAAAUCAACGAGACCGGUAGGUGCUCGAGCGAUUACAACUCGUAGCCGAUCAUCGCGGUUUCUUUUCCCGGAGGAAUCUGCACGGCACGGAACGGAACGGAAUCAAGUCUUCCGCUCGCGGAUCGAAUCGCAGGCGUUUCCGACGUCGGAGAGGAAUGCGGGUAUGAAGGAGAGGAAUACUACCUCCCUGCUUAAUCGAAUCUUGGUGAAUUGUUCUUCCCAGGCAAAACUGUAUGGGAGCUGCGUUGCAGCAAAGGUUCCAGAGGUUGAACGUGAUAUGUGUUUGAAGGAAUUUCUUGCACUCAAGAGUUGCAUGCAGAGAACGCUCCAACGAAAGGGUUGACUACAUACUCCUGUCAAUCGAAAGGGUUGAAUACAUACUCCUGUCAAUCUAUCUGUCGAGGUAACGUGUGAGUAUACUGCAAUUGUUGUUUGUGGAAUCCUGAUUAGCAGCUUGAAGCAUCCUUUUUAAAAGGUUGAACAGCGAGGAACCUAUUGAUGUCUGGUUUAGCAUCAAGUUCACAUCCUGUUGUUGGCAUGAGUGGGUCAAGUGGGCUUUCACACAUUUAUAUUCAGCAGCCACCUCUGCGUUGCAGCAUCCCAGGAUCAAGGGGUUUAUUUUAUGAUGAUGGUAAUAAAAUUAUUCUUUCACCAGCCAAUGAUCAGGUUUACUCCUGGAAAGUUGUUCCCUUUGACCCUGCGGCUGCUCCUAUCUCUGAUUCAAUAAGCGACGGGCCGAUUCUUGCAAUUCGUUUUUCUUUGGAUGGAAAGCUAAUUGCUAUUCAACGUUCAAACCAUGAAAUACAGUUUCAGCACAGAGAAACUGGGAAACUUAGUCACACUUGCAAAUCAGAGUCAGAGAAUAUAUUGGGAUUUUUUUGGACUGACUGUCCAUUGUGCGACAUCGUUUUCGUAAAAACCAGUGGGCUAGAUUUGUUUGCUUAUAAUUCUGACUCAAAGACACUUCAUUUGGUGGAGACGAGGAAAUUGAAUGUGAGUUGGUAUGUAUACACACAUGAAAGUCGUUUGGUUCUACUUGCUUCCGGAAUGCAGUGCAAGACUUUCACUGGAUUCCAGCUUUCUUCUGUUGGAAUCAUUAGAUUGCCAAAAUUUGAGAUGGCCAUGGCAAAGACCGAGGCAAACAACAAGCCUGUGCUGGCUGCUGAGGAUGUUUAUAUUGUCACCAUCUAUGGUAGAAUAUACUGCUUGCAAGUUGAUAGAGUGGCGAUGCUACUACAUUCUUAUCGGUUUUAUCGUGAUGCUGUUGUACAACAGGGCUCUUUGCCAAUUUAUUCAAGCAAGGUCGCAAUCAGUGUGGUUGAUAAUGUGUUGCUUGUGCAUCAAGUGGAUGCCAAGGUCAUAAUACUAUAUGACAUAUUUCUGGACUCUCGAGCACCAAUAUCAGCUCCACUUCCGCUUUUGUUGAGGGGUUUUCCAAGAUCCAGUAGUUUGGGUGCGCGGUCCAGUUUUAAAGAUGGUGAAAGUUCAGAGGUAGCAAGCUAUCCAAGUGAUCAUGAAGCGACCAUGUACGGAGAUGACUGGACUUUCCUAGUGCCCGACCUGAUAUGUGAUGUUUCCAGUAAACUCCUGUGGAAGAUUCAUCUUGAUUUAGAGGCCAUUGCUGCUAGUAGCUCGGAAGUGUCAUCAGUACUUGAUUUUUUGCAACGACGGAAGUUAGAAGCUUACAAGGCUAAACACUUGUGUUUGGCAAUGGCACGUACAGCCAUUCUAGAGCGCAGACCUGUGACCAUGGUUGCCAAGGCAAUAGAUGUAUUAGUUACAUCCUACUCCAAUUCAUUCAAAACAGGUUAUUUUAAGGGAACAAAAGCUGAGAAAGCACAAUCUUCUGGUGCAGCAUAUGCUACUAUUCAUGGUACUGGUGUUAAUGCCAGCAGAUCAGAUACAACUGGAAAGUCUGUGGAACGUGAAUAUGUUGCUGGAUUGGAUGGAGAAUCUUUUGAAAGACCAACUUUUUCAGAUACAGACUCAGAUGAAGAUGGAAAUAUGGGAUAUGUGAAACCCAACUCCAACGGCAGCAGCAGCAAAUUGUUGUUGGGUGCUGAAACUCGGAGAACUGGAGGUCAAACAUCUUUACAUUCUGAAAAUGUCGGAGCAAGUAACAACAUUUUGAGAUCAACUUUACAGCCUGAGGCUCUAGUUACAUCACCUGCAAUUUCUCCUGAUGAGAUGUAUACAUACGUAUUUGCUCCGGUUGAGGAAGAGAUGGCUGGAGACCCAUCAUACCUGGUUGCGGUCAUUGUUGAGUUCCUUCGCGGGUGUAAUCUGGAAAGGAUUAAGGUACGGCCAAAUAUUUAUGCCUUGACAGCACAACUGCUGGCCCGCAAUGAGAGAUAUGCAGAACUUGGGUUAUUCAUCAUAAACAAGAUUCUCGAACCUUCUAAAGAAGUCGCCUUGCAAUUAUUGGAGUCUGGUAGGCAUAAUCGACAAACUAGGAAGUUGGGUCUGGACAUGCUAAGGCAACUCUCCUUGCAUAUUGAAUAUGUGGUAUUUUUGGUUCAAGAUGGAUAUUACCUCGAAGCUCUACGUUACGUGAAAAAGCAUAAGGUAACUACCAUGCGUCCUUCGAUGUUCCUUGAAGCAGCAUUUGCUUCCAGCGAUUCACAACAUCUAGCUGCGGUCCUCAGAUUUUUCUCAGAUUAUGUUCCUGGCUUCAGGAGCAGUCCAGAUCACAACACAUACUACCAUCUUCUCAAUGAGAUGAACGUGGCUGCUGCUUAGAUAUCUUAGAAAAAGAACUUCAGGCGCUUUUUCCUUGGCGAAGGUGUGAAUAGCGUAGGUCUUUACACUUUGUUUUUCUUCUCCUGUUCUUUCCAGGAGCGAGAUACUUCUUGGUUUCCAAUGUACCUUUUUCAGCAAUAGAUGUUACACUAGAUUUCUUUUGUGCAAUAUGUAGCUUGCGGAGUGCAUGACAUCGAUCUGAGUUUUUAAGCUUAAUGGCUCUGAUAAUAUUCCCUUACUUAAGAAUGUUUGAUUUACUGCUGAAA